GCAUAGCCAUGUCAGUACGAAUGGAAAAAUGCACACAUUGUGAGGUCGGAGCCAGCUCGAUAAAGUAACACGAAUUAUUUGUAUCCCAGUUUUUUCUUGUAUUUCGGUCGGUUUAGCGUAACAUUUUGUAGGACAAGCAGCAGCAGCAGCAGCAUCGCCCGAGUGAAAUGCUGUAUUUCGUUAGAAAACGAUAGAUUCACGAUUGUUUACAAGCAUUUUGUACAAAAAUUCCAGCAAACUGUGUUGAAGUUUGACAGUUAUGAAGAUAGGAUUGCUGUAAUCUGUGAAAACUGUGAGUGAGCUGCGGUUCGUAUGUGUGUACGGUGUGCAUUGCAAUCACCACGGGAAGGAAAGAAUGUGUUAUGAUAUGGAGAGCAAUUGUGACAGUUCAAUCUUGAAGAUAUCAGAAGUCGGAAGGAAAUAAAACCCGCCCUGAAUGCCCUUUGAUUGGGAGAAAUCGGAACAGACCCCUUGUCUUUCGGAUAUUCGCUACGCAGAUCAAUUCACAGUGGACUCCGGUAGUAGCGCGCAGAGUGGGUCAUAAAAUUGGCAUUGGCUGAGUGUUUUACGGACCUACGGUAUCCACGAAAGACGAAAGAUGAAUAAUAAUUGAAUGAUAAAAAUGGUGGCCCAGAGAAGUUGUAAAUAUACUACAGGAGUGAUGUAAAAGAAGUAUUUAUACAUUGAGAAGAAAUAUUACCCUCAAACAGGCGUACGGUCGCACACACGAUUUUUUCUUAUUUGUGUAAGAGGCAGCUAUUUCUUGGGGUAAUGUAAACAAGUAAAUGUUGAGACAUAUAUCCAGUGAGAUCACUGUAAGGUGUUGUGGGAGAUUUACAAAACAGUGGAUGAGUAGCACCUCCUACUAGAAGCGAAGUUACGCUACAAAUUGAUGUGGAUUAGCCUCUACUCGCCGUAGCAUGAUUGUACAGAACAUUGACCGAUAAAUAGAACAUAGUUUACAUCUGAGCGCAACCUUAGAAUGGAAUCGGCACGUUCACAUGCUCAUAUCUGCAUUCGCUAUAAGCUGCAUGCUCGCGUAUAAACACGCAUGGGAUUGAUUGGUUGUACGUAGCCGAAGCUGCCGAGCUCUGAAGCUGAGUAUGUAGUGCAACAGUUGGAAGAAAAACAACAAUCGUCGAUGGAUUUGGUUUGAAAAAUUGCGGAAAAGAACACUUAAACGAGUGUAAUUCGGUACUAUUAUAAAAGUUAACAUUGGUGCAGUAAACUCGUCGAAGCCGAAGAUGAAAGCUAAUAAAAGUGAAACUCGUGUAAUUAAAGUUAAGUACAUAAGUAACAUGGUGAAAUGAACGAAGUGAGUUAACGUCUGGUUAAGCGUGUCAAUUGUUUAAAAAUGAUUGAAGAAUAUGUGACUGCGAAGCUAACGAUUAUUCGAAAUGCUAUCAAUUAUAUACCACUCGCAGUGUAGUUUUAUAAUGAUGUUCCGAAUACUUGCGGGCAGACUCAAAGUAGGAAGUGCAACAUUUGUUUUUAAACGCUAAUUUGGUGCAGCUCACUACAGCGAAUAACUUAAAUCGUGGAGCAUCAAAACUACAAAAAAGUGCACUGCAAUUCUACUCGGAAAGAAGCAAUCAAAAACUAGGAAACGUUGGAAAAAGUAACCUUUAUGUUCAAGCUACAUUUUGAGCAAUAGUUCAACCCGUUAGUGAGUAACUGUGAUGUAACGAUAUGUGCGGGCGUGUUAAGUAGAGCCGAGCAAGAAAAAAAAAACAACAGACGUGCCAGAUAUAAUGUUUUGAACGGGCAAUUUGUGUACGCCGGGUGAAGAGAACGUUGAUGAAACGAAGAAAACAGCAGGAAGAAAUAGCUUUGAUACAAAAAAAAAAAACGGCAAACGCAACGAAUCGGUUGGAUUGAAUGAAUCAAUGACAUCAGUAGUACGAUGCCAAUGGAUCAAGCGAACGACGCCGCCGUGAUGAUCCAUUUCGCAAGAAGCAACUAUUUUAGCACCAUGUUGGAAACGACAUUCGACAAAAUGUUUCAAUACACCGACAGCACAGUGAGCGCACCGACUAGCACGUUUUUCAAGUUCCUAGCAAGAUUCUCAGGCAGGAGACGGAUAAGCUAUCGGUUACGAAGGAUACCUAGCUUAUUAUUUCCCUACGUUGCAAUUUUCCUAGUUUUAAGUACAGUAUGCAGAGUAACAGACGCUUGUUCGAGUCGGACGACCCCCAAACCUCGACCACCCAGUCCGACGGCUAGACCAAAUAUCACAUUCCACACAUACAAGUGUCCACCGGCGUACGCGGCGUGGUAUUGCCUCAACGAAGCCACCUGCUUCACCGUGAAGAUCGGCGAUUCGCUACUGUACAAUUGCGAAUGCGCCGAUGGGUAUAUGGGUCCUAGGUGUGAAUACAAAGAUCUAGACGGAUCUUAUUUACCAACUCGGCCUCGUGUGAUGUUGGAGACUGCAAGUAUAGCGAGUGGUGCCAUUGUCGCAUUGGUUCUGGCGGUGAUCGUAUGGUGCUAUAUAUGCGUGCACAAGCAUCAGCAGAAGAAAAGACUGGAAACCAACGCCAACGGAGGUGUGGACACGGUGGACGGCGUGCUUCGAACGGUGAGAAGUGAGAACCUACCGAAGCGACCAUUUGGAUCUCACCAUCUACGAACGAUACCUUUGAGUGAAUCGUUGAGUCGAUAGAUCAAGCGAGAUAGACAUUCUUCCUCAUCAAUCGAGAGGAGUAAUGCUGGCCAUCAUCAGGAGACACAAGAAUGAAAAGACAAAUUGCCUUCUUAGAGAGCUCUUAGGACACUCUGGGAACACCUCGAUCGAUCGCGAGAGGCUAAUCCGGUUGGGACAAUAGUCGACCUCAUCCGGAGAGUGUUUUAACGCAACUCUAAACUGCCAUGAUCCUAACAACAUUUUACACAUCGCUGCGUACGAAUGAAUCGAGAAAUCGCCCCACAGGAUACAACUUUUGGAUGAAUGCCUACUGGAAUGUUUGGAGAGAGACGCGGCGGAUUGCAGUUUUUAUAGACACACUACAGUUACUUUUUUAUACAUGUGCAUUGUAUUAAUGAUAUUAACAACAGGUGCCUAUAGGAAUAGAUCAUUUGUGAUUCGAAGAACGAAAUAAUCAAAAAAGAACCGUCGGUUGAAAGUUUACACUGUUUAUAAUGUCGCGAUGUUUUAAAGUAAUAAAAAAGAGAUAAAUGACAUGCACUCGUUGAUGAAGAGUGCGACCGCCUAACAGAUCGAUUUCUCAAUCGCCGUCGAUUGAACGUUACACACGAAUAGAUACGACAAAAUCAACAGUCUACCGUCCUCAGCUACUUAAGUUUUGGCCAAAAUGAUAAACAACCAUUUCGUGAUAAUUUUAUUUGUAAUUAUGAAAAUAGUAGAGCCUAAAUUAUUAUCUUUUAACACACGCCACAAUUUUUUAUUUGAAAGUCAUGUAGUUGGAGACGGACGGAUUGUAUUUUAGCUAGGUCUGGUAACUAAUUUCUCGAAUGGGAAGAAGGAAAAUAAGUUGUAAAAAUCUUGCCAAUUUAGAAAAAAACGGAUUGCAUAAAAUUUUAAAAACAUUUCUACAAAGUGCCAUCUUCUCAUUUCGAUGUGAUUCUCUUGUUCUUUUUUUCUUGGCACCAGAAAUUCAGGUGACCAUAUGGAACAAUGUGAUGAACACGUGUAAUAUACACCAAUAGCAGACACGUCUAAUGAAGCAUUUAGGGCAGCAAAACAUAGAAGAAAACCGUUGAGAAAUCUCAACUAAUAAAUGAAAAUUGUCAAACGAAUGUGAAGAAUUUGCAUACAAACAAAAACAUACAGACUAUCACACGGUUAUAGGAUUGCCAUCAAUCGGAUAAUCGGAUGUCGAAUAAGUAUAGCCCAUCCAAGUUUGAUUUAACGUGUUUAAUGUUCGAUUAUAAUGGUAUGAAUUCUUGAGUAAGAGAUGCAUUGAAAGUUUGUUUAAACAGUUCAUUAUUCAAAAUGGCUCAGUAGUGAUUAACGCUCUACAGACUUCACAAUGUUGUUUUACAUAAGUACACGUGGUUAUCUUGCAGUUAACGAGAUAAUUACCAUUGGGGAGGGCUAGAUAAGGUUGUUGGGUAAUGAUGAAUACUACUGCUCAUCUGGAUAUUAAGCAUCUGGAUUGACGCACGCGUAAUAUUGUGCUGUACUGGUGGACAAUAAAAUUACCACAGUGUAUUGCUGCGAUGCAGAUUGCGAUGAACGUCAAACAUUAAUCAGAGAGCGUUUGCGUAUAAAAAUCAUGUGAUGAUCGAUAUAUCGAUCUGUAUGCUAUAGCCAAUUCCUCUAGUUUACCUCUGCUUUCGGCUUUCAGACGAAACUCAAGCCAAGAAACUUGAGAGGUACUUGGUAGAUUAACCGCGUAUGUUUGAUCCACUUGUCUGCCCCCGUACACAUCCUUUCAACAAUGUUGUCCGGAGUGAUAUCUCUACCGCAUAUCUCUUGCAUACUCGACCUUUGCUCCACGAAGCAUGGGCAUUUAAAGAGCACAUGCUCCGCUGUAUCAUCGCAGUCUUUACACUCCGGACAUGCGGGGGAGCCUGUGUAUCCGCGUCUGUGCAAAUACCUCCUAAAGCACGCUUGGCCUGAUAGAAGUUGAGUCAAGCAAAAGUUCAUCUCGCCAUGGUGUUUGUUCGUCCAUUUAGACACGCUCGGUAUGAGCCUAUCUACCCUUGCCGGAGGAAUACAAUUCUUUCUGCCACUCUAUGCCGCGUCGCUCGAAGCACUCUUCGUCCUCUGUCAUCACUAGUGCUAUGGGCAUCAUGGCCGCUAGUCCGCAUAUCGCGCCCAUUGAGACUGUGCGGUAUGCGCUGACCACCCUAAGGAACAUCAGCCUGUGGGUACUCUCGAGUCGCCUCACGGGUCGGUUAACCACUCGCGCUUACGACAACGCAGUAACACUGUACCGUAGUGUGGAGGCCGCUACUGACGUGAACAAUCAACGCUUGCUCGAGACUAUUGCCGAGCUAUUUGACAUCUUCUUCGAUAAUGCCAUAAUCGCCAUGCUUGCCCUUUUGCAAGCAUAUUCCACGUGGCUACCAAAUUUCAACUUGUAAUCGAUCAUGACCGUCAGUUGCUUCAGUAAACGCUUGGAGUUGAUCGUGCGCCCGCUCGUGGUGACCCCUGCCUGCUGUUCAGACUUGCGGUUGUUCACCGCAUGAUGCGAGUACCAGCUGUCUCGUCCUCAUCCAGUCUUCCACUUAGCCUAUCGCGUACGUUGCUGACAGCUCCUCUUCCUCAAGUGGCUCGCCCAUACAACGAGGGUAAUAUCAUCGGCAAAGCCAACCAGCUUUAAGCCCGGUGAAAGUGUGAGCCUCAAUACGCCAUCGUACGUCGCGUUCCAUAGGACCGGGCCCAGGAUGGAGCCCUGAGGUACCCCCGCGGUGAUGUUGUAGCAGGGUUCAUCUUCCUGGGUGUCAUAGAUUAGCACCCUAUUCUCCAGUAUUCGGCAUAGGCUAGCCGGGACUUCUAGGUCGUGUAUGGCGCACUCGAUGGUGGCCCAGCUGACGCUGCUGAACGCAUUCUUCACGACCAGCGCUAUCUCGGCCAUUUUGGCCACAGCCUUAAUAGCGUACACCGUCGAGUGGGCCUUCGGGAAGCCGAACUGGUUAUCCGAGGGCUGGUUUCUCAGCUUAACCGCAAGCCUCUGCAGAAUGAGCCUCUCCAAACAUUUUCCGGCGGUGUCCAGUAUACAGAUAGGUCUAUAUGCCGACGGGUCGUCAGAAGGCUUCCCGGGUGUGGGCAGAAGAACCAGUCUUUAUCUUUCCACCCUCUUAAAAAAUUUGCCUCUGUCCAGGCACAUAUGCAUAGCCAUUCUGAAUAGUUCAUAGCUAACUUCGAUGACCGCCUUUAUAGCUACUGUUGGAAUACCAUCUGGACCCGGAGCCUUGUUCAACUUGAGAGACCUCGCUUUGAGUGCUCAGAGGGCGUUGACGCACCCUUUGUUUUGGUUUUAUGACUACUCUGUAGUCAUCACCCCAGCGUUCAUGUUGGCUGCCUGGCAGACAUUAUCGUAGCACGUUCGCUAACGCGCCCUAAUCUCUUUGGUCAUUGCCAGUUCAGCCACCAUGUAGGCCUCACUUCGGGUAACAACUUGGGUAACAAUUUAUUUAACAUUGGUGCAACAUUUAUCUAGAAAUGUGUUUCUGGCAAAUUAGUACUAUUUUUUCAUAUAGUCUGUAGCAAGUCAAAUGGACUUGGUGAUUUUUCAAUUAAUACACUUCUCUGGUUACACCCUCCUAAGAUGUUAGUUUUUCCGCGCCGCGAUGGCGUAGUGUACGUUCAGCAUGCCUACCUGGUUCAUAAUGACCCCAACAUCUUACUAGGGUUAAAGGGUGAUACGGUCAAAAUUUGGUCACACAAUUUUUUUCAUAACGUCAGACUGCGUACACCAAAACAGCUGAUUUUUGGACCAGUAAUGCUACAUUAUAUGUAGCUUAUACCAUAAAAUUUUCAUCAAAAUCGAUUGAGUAUUGGUUGACAUAUAGAUAAAACCAUCGACCUACCUUUUUGAAAUUUUGUACAAAGGCGCUCCAUAGUAAAUUUUCGGAAAUUUAAGGACAGUAUAACACAAUUUUGAUUAUAGAACUACCAAUACUGCUCCGAUUUUUAUCAAAAUUUUACAGUACAGUACUAUUAUGAAAAUGUGUUCUUAGUAAAAUUUUGAGCCAUUUUGUAUGAAUACUUUCAAAGUUGUAGCAGUUUGAAUAUGAAAAAAACUGACCGGGUGCCACUUAAGCAAAUAUAACUCUGUAACGGCUGGAUCAAAUUGAAUGAAAUUUUUACACUACAUUUUGAUAUGCAUACUACACAUACAGAAAAAUUUUCAUUGAAAUCGGUUAAGUAUCUCUGGCUCUAUAAAUAAAACAGUAAAAAUGUGUGAAUCCUCUUUGCACAAAAUUUUAAAAUUGCAGAUCUCAGGGUUCAACAAUAUCUCCGCAAAUACUAGACCGAUUUUGAUGAAAAUUUUAUGGUACAAGCUACAUAUAAUGUACCAUUACUGAUCCAAAAAUCAGCUGUUUUGGUGUACGCAAUCUAAAGUUCUGAAAAAAAUUGUAUGACCAAAAUUUGACCUGACUUGACAAAAUUUGACAAAAUUUGACCACCUAAACAAAUAUAACUUUGUAAUGGCUGGAUCAAAUUGAAUGAUAUUUUUACACAACAUUUUGAUAUGUAUACUUUACAUACAGAAAAAUUUUGUUUGAAAUUGGUUCAGUAAUUCUGGCUCUUUAAAUAAAAGAGUAAUAAUGUGUUCUUAUUUUUUAAUCUUAUUUGUACAAAAUUUUAAAAUUGCAGUUUUCAGGAUUCACAAUAUCUCCGCAAAUAGUUGACCGAUUUUGAUGAAAAGUUUAUGGUAUAAGCUACAUAUAAUGUACCAUUACUGGUCCAAAAAUCAGCUGUUUUGGUGUACGCAGUCUCAAGUUAUGAAACAAAUUGUGUGACCAAAUUUUGACCGUAUCACCCUUUAAAUUAAUCCCCGAUUAAACCCGACCAUGAAACCGAGCAUAACAAAUGUGUUAGAGGCAUGCGAGGUUGCGACAACAGCGUUCAAACGAUUCGGUUCCAAAAGUUUAAACACUACCACGUUUUUCUGAACAACAACAAUCAAACCAUUAUAAUCGACCACAAAAUAACAAGAUUGUUAAACCUCAUGAAUUCACUUGAACUAGUAAUUAUUGAUGUGAAUUUUCGAAUGCAAGACUGUGUGACAGUCUGCCAAUGAAGUAAACUAAAUCCAAUGCAUUAUCGGCUGAUUUCCAUUCACAAUUAAACAUUUUUUUUUUUUCAUAAUUCGAUCUAGCGAACGAAACCACGACUCACCUUGAACAGACUUUAACGAAAUGAAGAAAUGCCACCACACUACCUGUACAUUUUACACCACUGCUGCAAUAAUGAUCAAUUAACCUAGAAUCGAAACGUAGUUCGGAAGGAUGACACAAGAGAAGCAGAGUGCGAAGGCAAGUGGAUAAAUCACCACCCAGAAGUAAUUAAUUUAUAUACACAUCUUCAUAAACUAUCGAAUGUGCGACCAGCUCGGACGCCGCAUGGAAAGUAAUCACAAAUCCUCCAAGUGUAAAUACCAUAUUUUCGGAACCGAACAGAUACAGAGAAAGACAGACACGCGGAACGUCUUGGUAUUUAUGGUUUCUUCUUAAAUUAGGCUGAUAUUUUAAUGGUAGAUAGAUACUUUUAUUUAAUUGCUUGUUUCCGAUAAGUUCUGGUUCCAACGAGUCGAAAAGGGGUUUAUGAAUGAUUGCGAGGCAAUGAGCGUGAGAGAGCGAGCUAAUCGAUUGUAACGUCCAAUAUUUGCUGCUAUUUUCACGGUUUCCGGUGUCUUUUACUGACAGUAUUCCCGAGGAUCGAUCCUAGAUCCUUGAGCAACUAUUUUAUUUUACGUUUUCUAUGUUUCUCUUCUAUCUACACUGAGCUGAAUCCAUCCAACUCGGUUUGUAUUAAAAACACAUUCCUUCUGUAUAAAGAGCUUUUAAUUUUUAUCUACGACACCGGCGAUCAUGGAGGAAAUGCAAUAUUUUGUACCAAACUAAUUGGAUAAUGUAUUAUAUUAAUUUGUAUAGAACAAAGUACAUUUUGUAUAUUUUGAGCUUUAAAUAAAAUUAAUCAACAUGUUUUGUUGGUCAUUAACUAUUAAAUACGCA